AUGUCCAUUCCGCCUGAUGGACUAAGCCUGCCAGCCCUGGUAGACUGCCUCCAGGAUAGCCCACGAAAGAACCUUGUGCCGAAGCCCCCGCAAGGCCCCAGGCCCAACCGAGAGGCAAAUAUAGCAAAGACAGAAAAGGCCACAGAGGUUAUCAAGGCUAGAAGGUCUAGGGAGGUUAAGUCAGGGGUGAAAGAACUAAGCCGCCAAGUAGUUGGUGUCCUGCCAGCUAUCAAGAAGGGCACUAAAGUUACCCUCCAGUCCUCCAGCUCCCUCUCCGAUGACAACAAGGAGGCACUAGGGGCCAUCUGCCAGGUCCUGACCACCAGGGUGGGAGACAUCCUGAACAGUACCUGCAACGACGAUUACAAGGCCAGGCUCAUCAUCCAGAAAGGAUUGGAUUCCGGUGCCAGGGAAAGGUUCCCUGACUCUCCGUGUUCCUCUUCACCCAAGGACGAAGAGGUUGUAAGUGUCAUGACUGUCUCAUACCCUAAACCCUCCACCUCAACCCAGGCGGCAUGGGCAGCUCCUGCCCAGACUCUGGAAAAAGAGGUGGGGGGGGCUGAGGUCUCCGAGAUGAGUGACAGCUCCCUGAUGCCCACCAAGAACAGGCAGGACCCCCUGGAGAAGAUUCCCUCCCUCCUACCAGGCAAGGAGCACAUCCUCCUUUGCAGCACUCCCUGGGCCACCGUCAUGAGCCCCCAGACUCUGAAGUUUAUUCUCCACGGCAUCAUGUGCCGACUGGAGGCCUCAGAGUCCACCCAGACAAGGAGGGCCAAUGACCCCUUCAGGCUGAUGAAGGAUCUCUUUGUGGAGGUCCAGCAUGCCCUGAAAUAUGCUGACAUCUCUGUCGUCUUUGGCCUGGAGGAGAGCAUCCAAUUCAGUGGUGAGGAUGCGGUGAAGGCCAUCGUGAAGACUGCGGCUAAAAGAUUGUCCCUGCGUUCGGACUCCAACCGGGCUCAACUGCGUGCCGCACGCUCUGGUAGCGAGGGAGCCAUCAGGUGCAUGGCGGACACAAUCACACAAGUCAUAGAGGACUGGAGUUUCGAAGGCCAUUUUGGGGCCAGGAGGAGCCGUGGUAGUGGGAGGUCACACUCCUCAACCUCCUCAAGGAGUGACGUCACCCUCACCGAGGAGCUCCUGGCUUGGAGGGAAACCCUAGACGAGGACCUAGAGGAGAUGGCUGAUGACAGCACUGGUUUGGAAAAGACCAGUGUAAGCUCAGCCAUCUCUGAAAAGUCCCAGGUAAUUAGCUACCUUUCUGAAAGCAUCAAGCCCAUCAGCAGCACCCUCUCCACAGACCUCGAGGACAUCACCUCCACACAGGCAUCGACUCAUAUCUGUUUCUCUCUCUACUAA